UUGGAUGACAAGUUAACAAGCAUAUGAAAAUGGACCUCCCAACCACACCCAACACAUUCUUAGAUUUGGAUUUGUGUUUCAUUGAAUUGAAUUGAAUUGGAUUAUUAGUUACAUCUAAAUUCUCUUUCCAAAAAACAUGUGUAUAUGUCUAUGAAAGCUAAGAUAUAAUAAUACAAGAAACACACUAAGACAUUAUGUUCUGUUGGAUUGGACCCACUUUUAAUACUCAACAAAUUAAUAAACCUCUUUCUUUAUGUAUUCAAUUUCAUCACCAUGUGAAGCAUUAUAGAUUGUAGAUGAAGUUUGGUAAUAUUCCUUUUAAGUUUGAGCUUUCAACAAUACUCUAACUCUAGCUAUGGAUCCAAGUUCUUAUCUUGAUCAUGCUCUUUUUCAACUCACCCCAACAAGAACAAGAUGUGACUUGAUGAUUGUUGCUAGUGGUGUUAGUGAAAGACUAGCUUCUGGGCUGUUAGAACCGUUUGUUUCUCAUCUUAAAUGUGCCAAAGAUCAGAUUUCAAAAGGUGGCUAUUCCAUCACUUUAUGUCCUGAAUCUACAUAUGCUCCAUGGUUCACCAAAGCCACCCUGCAAAGGUUUGUUAGAUUUGUAAGCACUCCAGAAGUUAUAGAGAGGUUUGUGACCAUAGAAAAGGAGAUUGUGCAGAUUGAAGGUUCAAGUCAAUCAAAUGAAGCAGAAGGAAAUGUGUCAUAUGCCGAGGGGCGUGUCAAAAGGUCAACUAUUUCCUCCAAUCAAGAUGGAAAUGAAGAGAACUCAAGGGUUCGCCUUCAACGUGUUUUAGACAAUCGUAAAGCUAUGCUUUGCAAAGAACAAGCAAUGGCCUACGCCCGUGCUUUAGUUGCUGGAUUUUAUCCAGAAUCCAUGGAUGAUCUUAUUUGUUUCGCCGACGCUUUUGGAGCUUCACGUUUAAGGGAAGCAUGCUUAAAUUUCUUAGAGCUAUGCAAACAAAAGAAUGAGGACAAGCUGUGGAUGGAUGAGAUUGCAGCCAUGCAGGUGUCUUCGCAACCCGUAUUGCCUUACUUAAGGACAUCUGGUAUCAUACUUGCAGGUGAAGAUGACUCGGGAAGUAAAAUAAAUGGCACUGGUGAUGCCUCAGUUUCUGAUUCAACCCCAAGCCAUGCAAGUUUCGACAUUGGCCAAGAUUAUAGCUUGCCAGCAUCAGUUCAAACACCAUCAUCCGAUGGAAGGGCUCAAAUGCUGAGGUCAUGGCCGAACCAUCAUCCACAGUACAUUCACAAUUUUCAGGGUCAUGCAUUUCAACAAACGCCUCCAUACCAAGGAUACAUGUAUCCUGGUAUGCAGGUUCCGUCUCCGUAUUAUCCUGGGAAUAUGCAAUGGCCUCCAAACGGGGAUCGCUCUCACAUUGUUCAUGACCAAGAAAUGGAUUCUCAUAAGAAAAAGAAGAAGAAAAACAAGAAAUCUCAGGUAUUGGAUCACUCUGAAGAAGACGAGUCAACUGCAUCCUCUGAGUCUACUUAUGAGAGUGAUUCAGAUGACAAUUCAAAGCGAAGCAACAAGAAACAUGGAAAGAAGUCGUCAAGGAAAGUAGUUAUCCGUAACAUAAACUAUAUAACUUCCAAGGGAGACGGAGAAAAAGGUAGUAUCACUGAAGGGAGUUUGUCGAAUGAGGAAGAAUUUAUCAAUGGAAAUUCCUUGAAACACAAGGUAGAGGAAGCUGUUGCGUCACUGGAGAAAAGAAACAGGCCAACCUCUCGUCAGCAUAAGAAACAACAUAGCGCAAAGCCCCAUGACAUGCUAAAUGGUUCAAGGAAUGCUGAUUCCAUCGGCAUAAAAGGUGAUAACAACUGGGAUGCUUUCCAGAAUCUUCUUUUGAUAGACGAUGAUGAUUCUACUCAUGAUAUAGAAAAACAGCCAAUGAGGUUUCAGGAAGAAUAUACUAUGACCAAGAAGUAUGAGAAUGGAAGGUCAAAUGAGUUUAACCACCAUGAAGAAGGCGUCACUAAAACUCGAGUAGUUUCAAAUGAUUCCCUUCGUGUUGAAUAUUUCAACGAAGGGAAGGAUGGAUCUACAUUCAUGCAGACAAAGAAAAUUACCAACGAGGAAUUGUUGUUAUCUCAGAGAAACAAUGAAUCGGGUAGCUAUUAUGUGUCAUCUUCAGCUAGAGAUUAUUUACCUGUAGAGAAAAACAAGAAAGGCAUUUUAGCUGACGACUCUUUCAUGAUUCAAGAUCGACCAUCGCAAUAUCAAUUUAAUUCUCAAACAGCUCCUGAUAUAAGUUUGGUUUCAGACGUUAUCGGUGCAGCUGAAUUCACAAACGGCACACAAGAAGGUUCACACAAGAAGACUGAUGCCUUAAUUUCCCAUGAACCAGAUGAUCUCCUGAUGGUUCUCGAUCGUGAUUCAGCUGUACAGCAGAAUGGAGCACCUUGGAGAAUGGAAAUGGAUAAUGAAAACAACAUCUCUUUAUAUGAAGCGAACAAAAAGAUUUCGGACGCUAAAACCGAAAGAAAUCAUGUAUCUAAUCAUGAAGGUGCCGAUAAGAAAAAUACUGAAGUGAAAUCUGGCAAAGUUUCAAGUAAAGAGGCAAAAUCGAAGGCUCCAAAUGCAUCUAAAACCAAAUCUGAUAUCAUGUCAAGAAGUAGAACAUUGCCGGGAAGCAGAUCUACGGCUACGAAGAGCAAAUCGGAAAAGGAAGAAGAAAAUAGAAAGAGAAGAGAAGAGCUAAUGAUGCAGCGACAGAAAAGAAUUGCGGAAAGAAGUGCGUUGAAGAAGACUGGAACAGAAGCUAAGACUUCUUUGACUUCUGCAAGGAAAGGGAAUCCUAAGAUUCAUCCAUCUAAUGGAGAGACUAAGAAACACAACAAACCAGUCCUUAGGAGUUCCACCAUCGAUCGCCUUGCAACUGCCCGAGUAACUCAGCAGAAGGUUUCACCUAGUCAAGUAAAUUCAGGUCCAACCAAGAAGCCUUCCUUGAAGGCAAAUAAGCUGGUACCUUUGCAGAAGAAGCAGCUCCAAAAAGAAGUGAAAUCUUCAAAUCAUAAAGAAGACGCACAUAAAACAAAAGGGAAAGUUCUUUCCAAGAGUGGCACAAAGACUAAGAAUGAAAUCAAAACCUCAGUAGGGUUGCCUGUCAAACCUGAUGCAACAGAAGCUGUUGAACAAAGCAACAAUAAUCAUGGUUUGAAAGACAUUGGAGUAUUGACCAAGGCAUCACCGGAGAAACAUUUAAGACAUUUGACUUCAGAAAGAGAAAUCAUGCAUGAAAAUAUUGGCCAACUUCGCACAGACUCGUCUUUGUCAAAUCAUGAUCAUGCAAUGAGAGGAAGUCAGUCUAGAAAUGAAGAAGUAUCAUACAAGUUACCUUCACUUCAUGGUGAUAAUAACCAACCUCGACAUAAUACUGACAUGAUCACAAAUUCUACAGCUGCAAUACCUAACAAACCAUUAAUAUAUACUGCUGUGAAUUCAAAGGUGAAUCAGGAAAUAGAAGAAAGCAAUGCUACCUCACCUAAAGUCUCAGAGAUUCAAAUCUCUACUCCUCCGCCGAGUAACCAAGCAAUGCAAGAAUCAAUCCACAACAGGAAGAAAUGGAUAAAUGAUGAGGUGGACUCUUCAAAAGUGGCGAAAGGAUUCCGUAAACUUAUCUUCUUUGGAAGAAGGAGUUGAAGAACCUUUGUGGAUUGAUACUUUUUCAUGGAAGUUAUGAGUUCUCUUCAUCCAUGCUUUUGGUUAUUCGAUAUUUCAAAAGAGAAUUUACUUUGUCCAUUCUUAGCUCAGUAGUAAGUGUUUGGCACAUUGAAUUAUUUGUUUUUAUUGAACACACUCAUUCAUGUGACAUGGUAAUCAUGUGGAUCGAUUGUAGAUAGUUUCGAGCUUCUCACACAUUAUAAGAAUAAGAUCAUGUGGAUUGGAAUUGCUAUCAUACUAAGGAAGGAUACCAAGUAUAAUACAUUUUCCAUGUUUUGUUGUAUUGUAAAUCAUAUUGAAAGUUGUGAUGUUUGCUUUCAUGUUGAUAUUCUUUCACAAUGUUCAAGGUAGUGUCUGUGAGUAGUAAUUUUGGAAUUGUGUUUUGCAUCAAUGAGUUUAUUUUUUAUCCA